AUGACCGACUCCGGUGCCGGGCCGUCUAAACAAACAACAAAGAAGGAUACUUACACGUAUGGCAAGAGCGAGCUGGAUGCGGCGGCCUAUUCUACGCCACGAGCAGCUUCAGCACCCCCAGGGGCAGGGGUGCCUUCGUCUUGGUCGAUGCCGACUCCAGCCUCGCAGCAACGCUUGGCCCAGGGUUCGCUUGACCAGCGGGUCGCGGCUGAUAUAUGCCUCUGGCGAGACUCCCAUGAACCACUGCCAGUCCGCCAGGGUGCUCAGCGUGCCGAUGACGGUGGAGGCCAUGUACCGGCCAACUGCAUGCGCUAUGAACAGACAGACCAGGUCCCGAUUGAGGUCAGACCCACGCUGGCGGGGCAGGGCGCCCGCCUCCGGCACCCCUGCGACCUCUGUGCAGAAGUGUACAAAGUGUCGCCACCCCGACUCCUGUGCCAGUUCCUCCGAACACUCCCAUGGGCCACUGUUCCGAUACCCGCCGCCGCAAGCAAGCAAGUGGUGCAGCGGUACCAACCGCCGGGCACCACCACCGCCGCCGCCGGCGAUCCGGCACCCCCCCUCCUGCCCGCCGCCUUGCCACCCGACAUCAGAGACAAGAUGUAUAGUGCAGUGCCGGAGGCGACCGUGGAGGAACUCUACAACUGCUAUGGCGGUGUAGCCCGGUACGUGCUUCAAUGUCCGUUCGAGAACCCCAGCUGGGGGUUGCCUAGGCUGCUGCAGCCACUGACCAGAAUCCUGGCUACUUGCAACGUUCAACAGGUUCGGGCGGCCAUGGAUGCCAUCGACAUGGGACCUGAGGCGAGCCAUCGCCUGGUCCAUAUUGUGCCUUACGACAACUUCAAGGAGAAGCGGCUAACGUUUGCUUCUGAUUGGGUGGCUGAGGAGUUCACCAAACGGGCUUGGAUAGAUGAGCAGGAUCAAGUGAAGUCUCUGAUGGAAUACAGCGCCAAAGCAGUAAAGGGGAUACUUUUUGAGAAGGUUAUGCAUGGUGUACUGGCGAUGGGCGGCAAGUUUGAUGUGGUGCCAUUGCACCCGGAGACUCUGGAGCGAGGCGAGGAGGAGGAGCUGGACAUCCAGGCCUGUACAGAGUCUCUUCGCUUCACAGAUGACGAGGCCAGUGAUAUGAUGAGCAGUAUUAAGAACAUGUACUUGAGGCCCAUGUCCGGCAAUUUCCCCGUCAUUGAUGCCCUUAAGGUGCCGGAGAUGCACCUUUUCCAGAUGACUAUUUCGCGUAGCAAGGUACUCAAUGCUGAUGAACUUGAAAACGUGCUCAAGCGACUGGGCAUCCCUGCACCGGGCCAGGAGGGCUGCCAGCCCAGCCUCUACUUUGUGGUGCAUUCUGGCGUGUACAACAAGUUUAAGGAGAUGGAUAAGGAGGCUGCGGAGGUUCUGUACAUGCCUUUCUGGGAGCAUAAGGAGCUGCUUGACUGCCACAGGUGCUGGGUGUGA